AUCGAGGAUGUAACAAAUCGCCAAAAUGGCAGACUCAAAGUUUUUGUCGACCGUCCCUCCUGCCUUAAUUGGUUUGGGUCUUGUGGCCGGUGUCAAGCUUGCUGCUGCUUAUUACUUCCACAAAAAGCAGAAUGGUCUUGUUGGCAAGGUUUCCGGACUUUUUAUUCAUCCGAUCAAGUCAUGUGGAGGCAUCAUGGUGCAAGAAGCGGAGUGUGAUCACUUCGGACUGAAAGUUGGUCCGUUUUUGGACAGGCAUUGGAUGGUCAUUGAUGACAAUGGUACAUUCCUGUCUCAGAAGACAGUACCUGGGGAUCCACGCUUGGCUAUCAUCCGCACCAGUUUCCAUGGUGACAAACUGCAUGUUGAUGCACCAGAUAUGGACACCCUCAUCUUGGAUCCUAAUGCUCCUAUUGAUACAGAGAGGAUCAGGAUGAUGAAAGUAUGGGGUGAGCCUAUCGAGGCAUUGGAUUGUGGGCCAGAGCCUAAGGCUUGGAUUUGUAAAUUCCUUGGUCGUGAUGAUGUGUCAUUUGCCUAUGCAGAUCCUAGACUUCCAAAGAGGGACAUGACGCUUGCGAAGAAGUCAUUCGACAAUCUUUCCAGGAAGGGGGAUGAGGUUGGCUUCCAAGACUUCAGUGCCUACAAUCUCCUAAGCCAAGAGUCCGUUGAUGACCUCAACUCCCGUUGUGAGAAGCAGACUGAUGCAAGUCUCUACCGUGCUAAUAUUCUCAUUGAUGACUGCAAUCCUUAUGAGGAAGACAAGUUUGAAUAUGUGACAAUUGGCUCAAGUAAGUUCUUCCAGGUGAAACCAUGUCACAGGUGUGUGGUUGUGACCAUUGACCAGGAUGUGGGGAAUAAGCCUGACGAUAAAGCAGAACCACUCACAACCAUGAGAAAGUAUCGUCUUGGACGACCAGAGCAGAAAUUUGGCAAUGCUCCACUCCUUGGGGUGAAUCUGGCCAUCAAUGGUAAAGGAGGGAAGAUCAGGGUUGGCGAUGAAGUAUUCGCUGCAUAUUAUUAAUUAUUUACACUAGAGAUUCUGGUGAUACCGGGUACUGCACCAGCAGCAACUGUUGAUUAAUGGACUAUAAUGUUGUUAAAAUGAAGUCCAAUGCCAUAAGCUGCAAAAUUCUUGCUGAAAUUUUUUCAAAUGACAAAUAAAAUUUUUUUUGGGGAUUGAAAAAACGAAAGGAAUUUCGUAUUGCAACAAAAUGAAAAUUGUGAAUUUUUAUAUUUGUAGAAAUUUUUGCUAAUGGUCAAAAUAAAGCAGCAUGAAAAUUGGCAGUUUACAGCAUAGGUAGCUAACCAGUACAUAUCCUUAAGAUGACGUACAGCAUCGCACAGCCUAGCAGCACGAUUGCAUAAAUCAUGAAGGCCUGAUUCCACUACCAGCAAUUUGCUGCUGCUGUAUUUCUCACUGCAGGGCACAUUUCAAAUGCAAAACAAGCGAACGAAGCAGCAAACUGUGGUGUAAUCAGGUCUUUAAAAAUGGCACCUGUGUGAUAAACCCAUCAACAUCAAUGUGUGUCACAAUCCUCACAACUUUAGAAUUGAAUUUGACCCCUCCGCAAGUCCCAUCAUAAAGUAUUUAUGACUACCUAGUGUGUAGGGGCUACAAUCGACCAAUGUUUUACCUGAAAAGACUAUCUUAACAAGGCCUUACCCCACCCUCCUUUGUGAAACAUUGAUGUUUAUGGAUGAGCGCUAAAAUAAAGUUGUCGGCACAGCUGAUUGAAAAUGACCAAACUUUUUUGUACGGGUUCAUGAUCAUUUGCAUCGCAUGUAAUUUACACUUAGAUAAAUUGUUAAUGUAUGAAUAGUUAAAUUGUUAAUGUAUGAAUAGUCAAAUUGUUAAUAUAUGAAAUUUUUGUAAAGAUUCCGACCCUUACUACGCUACUGCACAUGACUUUGAUACAUGUAUUGCAUGUGCAGUGAAUUUGUGUUCAUUAUCACUUCGGCAGGGGGAACAGGCUUUUAAAAGUGAGUGUGUGAUUUUGAUCAGCCUAUUUGUGUAAAGAUGGCGAUAUUGAAAUGGUGUAGUCCUAUAUGCAUGGCGUAAACGGGGUCGAAAUUUUUCUGGAUAAAUUAUCGGUCUCCGAUGAAAUGAAACCAAGGUUUAUUUUGACAUAAUCAACUGAAUGAAUCACCUUCGUGUUUCAGCCAUCUUUCCUCAGGAGUUAACUUUCUAAUUCUGUUGUUGACCAUUAGAUACAGCAGACAAAAUUUGGUCCUAUUCUGUUGAUUGUUUUUAAAACAAACUUUCUUCAGGUUUAUAUAAACUUCAUACUACUCAAUAGGAACUUACUGUGAACCGUGAUAAAAUGCUAGCAAAAAUUUCACGGUGUACAGUCUUCAAGAAGUCUCUGAUAAGGAUGGAGAUCUAGAAAAUUCUCUUUACCUGAAAUCUUUAUUCGACAUGGUAAUCAUAUAUUUAUAUUUUUCUGAAAUCAAUAUUGUAUUCAAUUUACACCUUAUAAUCAUUGUUGUGAUCAAAUAAUCAUUUAGUAUUGUUAUAAUAGAUUGAACUAGGGAUAUAAUUAUUUAUAGAAAUAUAAGUACUCUGCUGACAACUGAUCUCAACUCUUGAACUACAAAAAUCAUCAUUCCUUCAUGUUCCGUAUUGCUGCCUAUUCUGUAUGAAACUGUUUUCUUAAUCAUUAUCACAUUUAUGUCAUAAUAUUUGGGCGUUCACAGCUAAAGUGUGCUAAUUGGCCUUCCAAAGGUCAUGGGAUGGUGAUUUAACCAAUGGAGUUGUUGACCUUUGGAAAAUUGGAUGACAAAAUAUAAUUGUUACAUUGUUCUAUUUAAUCUUUGUAAAAGUUUUCUUGACACAGUGUAGGAACUUUAGCGAAUACAGAGUACAUAAAAUGAA